GGCUCGGAUAAGUUGAAGAUAGCUUCGAACAAGGAUGUCAAAGAUUUCUGGGCGGCCGAAAUUGGGACCGAGACAUUGUACUGCUCUGCUGAAUUCCUACACGCUGCCCUUAGCCACUACCUUGACAAGUCAUUGACUCCAGAAGCGAAGGAAAUUCUUUCUCUUCGGCUGGACGAGUACGGAGUGGGAUGUACUACCUUAGCAAGUCCUUGAUCGCUUCGUUGGACAGCAACCAUUACUCGACGCCCUUGUGACUCUUGGUGUCAUUCAAGUCGACGAAUCCCCAGAGUCUAGUAUUGCAGACAUUGACCCUACUUCCGUCAAACCUAUAUUGAUUAUGGUUGACGACGAGCCGGAAAAUCAUCGCUAUACGAUCAAUUUAGUUCGAUCAUAUAAUGUUGAUCUCUUCGUUUUCACGUCGACAGCUUCGGCAAAAACAUGGAUAGAGGCCAAUGAAGCCAUGUUACGCGUCGCAGACAAGUUUGGCCGCUUGCGAUGUGUAUCAGACAAUGCUCGUUGGGAACAAGACGCCUCUACAUCGACGGCCUCGUCGUAUCGAAGCUCAAGAAUUUCCCUAAAUAUUUAUGCCGGAGAAACUAUCCUGCGCUAUUUGCGCGGAAGACAGUAUUCCGCCCCAGUCCUCAUUGCUGCCGGAAAGAGCAUCAUGAAAACUUCAUAUGUUCUCGAUUACGUCAGGGCUGGUUCUACAUGCUACCUUGAUGUCCUACUGGAUUUCGUCCACCCACUGAUGGUCAAUGACGGUGAGGAUGAAGAAUGGUGGCUAGACUUCAAUGUUGAGCCCAGAGACCGCACCAAGCCGCUGUUACUUUGGGUCAAAGACUCAGAUUCGGAUUCUCUCUCCAUAUCCGAGCAGAGCCUGCACACUGUUGUUGCCAGAACAUUUGUAGAGGCUCAAGAAGAGAUAGAAAAGCAUAGAUAUAUGUAUCGUCGGCUGGCGAAAGCAUAUAUGUUCCGGGUGCUGUGUUGCGAAACCCAGAGUAUCCUCCUUCCAGCUACGCGAAACAUUUCGACGGGUCAUGCCCUGCUUCAGUAUCUCCGGUCUGAUGGAUAUGACUGCCCAUUCCUUGUCUUCGGCCGAAGUGAAGACCUGCCGCGUACUGAGUACGUCGUGAAAUUUAGGAACGCAGGAUCCACCGCACAUCCGAGCGUUGUGGAUGCCUUCUUGCAGUCCCUGUAUGAGCGUAAACAUGGCGACUCUGCGUUUUGGGCCGUGCAAGGUGCCUCUCCCGCACUUUAGGGACACCCCAUAUUCUGGAUAAAUUUACAUGUGAACGCCUCAUCUCAUAUGUUCAUCCUUCCAGAAAGAAAUUGCGUCAACUGUGGUAGAUUUUCACUAAGCACUGGUUUUGUGUCGAGGUUGAGGCGCGCUUUUGAGUUGCGUCAGGGGCAGCCCGGGCACCGCCGAAUCCUGAAUCAGACAGGUCACGAGUCAUCGUGCCCCGAUUAUGAUAUUUAUUUUUCUGGCUCUUUCUAGAGACCCGCCUACUGUAUUACAAAACUUUGAUCCUGC